UGAGCUGCCCGACACUCAAGCCACUAUCUAUUGACUCUCGUCGUGAAACAGAGACACGCAAGCCACUAUUUACUCCCGUCGCGAAACAUUGACACGCCAACCAACCGUGCGCAAUCCUCAAUCCGCUGCCCACCACUAUCCCCAAACACCCGCUGCCAUUCAACCCCUCACCAAACACCUAACACACCACUCACGACAACCCGCUCCCACCGCUCCCACCACACACCCCACACACCACCCACCACACACCAAAAACACACACGAUGCCGCCACCGCUCCCCACCGCCGCCGCAGCGAUCGCAGACCUCACCAGCAUCGACGCUGACAUCUCCCUGUUACUCAGCACCGCAAGCUCCGCGAUCCGCUGCCUGACGACGCCUCCCACCUCCACCUCCCUCUCCUCCACCACCUCCUCCCUCUCCUCCACCACCCCCUUCUCCCCCUUCCCUCCCGCCGACCCCUCCACCACCCCCAGCCCAGAAGAAGUCUUCACGCACCACGCUGAAAGAUACCACGCGCUGCUGAGCAGCAUCACGGUGCGCCUGCGACGGCAGAUCAUGCAGCUGCAGGCGGCGGAGAUACCCGUCGCGCAGGGACAGAUCGAUGUGGGCAUGUUGAAUGCGCGCAAUGAUGUUGUGGGUAGGGAGAUGGAGGGGGAGGUUUGGAGGGGGGUUAGGGAGUUUUUGGAAGUGGAGGUGGAGGAGGGAGGGAAGGAGGGCGAGGGCGAGGGGGUGGGCGGCGAGGGGAUGGUGCACAGUGGGGUAUAGGCCGCGGGGGAUUGCGAUGGCUACAGAUUAUGGCUACUUAUGGGAGGGCGAUGGCGUUUAUGGGGUUUAUUAUGGAGCGUUGGUUUGUGGAGUUGUUUCCCUUUCCGUUUCUAUGGCUGUCGUUUGGGCGGGAGCAACAUGCACAACAUGAGCGUUUCCAGGCACGCAUAUCUCACUAGCCUCUAAUGUUUGCAUCUAACUAUUCACAAGCCCUGCACGGUAUAUUCUCACAAUGAGGAGAAUAGAAGAGAAGAGCGAUCAAUAUUA